UCAGAUUCGUUUUCUGCCAGCCCAGAUUGCAAGACUUCUCCCAGUGACUCGAACUGGCAAUCUACCUACGAAUGGAAUGCACUUAGCCACACCUUACAGGGGACUCUCCUCAGAAAUUCCCCUGCAGCAUCGUCAUGCUACCCCGGCAAUCCAUUCCAGUCACCAGAAAAUUACACCGAUAGUAUCGAUUACCCGAUCUACACCAACAGUUCCCGUCUACCGCCAGGUGCGACUGGAUAUACAAAUUCUAGGGGAUUCACCAUUGGUGGCCUUUCACAGUAUAUUGUGAAUGCAACGACAGAAAUGCAGAUUGCUACUGCGAUGAGAUGGGCUUUCCAGCGCAAUAUUCUUCCACCGGUGCAUUUUCGAUCUCCAUUUGGUCUCACAAUUAAGAACGCCGAGCACAAACCAAUUUGGAAACUACCUGGCUGCAACGAGACUGCAGACGUGAUGGUACUUGGCAGUGGAAACAAUUGGGGCUCUGCGGGCCUUGCGGCAAACAUCGUGAACAGAGCUAUCGCAGGUGGCGAGGACUCUACAGUUGGCCUUGGUGGCUUGAUCCAAAACGGUGGUCACGGCUGGCUGUCUAGUCAUUAUGGCCUUGAAUCAGAUUAA